AUGCCAGAGUGGGAGUUGAAGCAUAAGGCUGACAUCAGGCCUUCUUUUUUACGGCACUACAUGCGAGAAGAUAGAGAAGAAAUCAGGACGUCCUGGAGCUUGGACCGUGGAAAAGGAGGAUCAGAUGAUCGAGUAGACUGCGGAUGGGACUCUAGUGAUGAUAGUGCUAUUAGUGUGGAAGGAGAAGAUGGAAUCGACAAUGAUUAUUCUCAUGAUGACUACCAUGUUGGUGGUGAAGAUGGAGACCUAGAGGAGGAAGAGGACGAGGUGGACACAGAUGAAGAUGAAGACCUAGAGGAGGAUGAUGUGGACACUGAUGAAGAUGAAGACUUCGAGGAAGUGGAGCAUGAGGACUUCAAAGUCUCGGAGGACGAUGGAGACGAUGAUGAAGAUGAAGAAGUGGACUAUUAA